AAAUGAGAGCAUGACCAGCAAACACAGCCACGAGCACCACCCCUAUGAUUAUAUAGUUCUUUAUCAUUUCUUUUUACAUAAUCUCUGACAUGAUCGAAGGUCUUCUGUCCGAUAACAAUGUUGAUAUAAGCUUUUGGUCGUUUGAUGUGUCGACGCUUAGUGGAUACGUCCAAAUCAGUGAUGAGGACUUGUGGUAUGCCACCCAUCCACUCUCAUGCUGGCUGAGUGUUGAAAACUGAAUGUGGGCCGCUCUGCGGCUCCCACUACAGCUCCUGCCAUGGGGAAUACCGCCACCAAGUUUCGUAAAGCACUUAUCAGUGGAGACGAAGGCCUGGCCUGCCAGCUCUAUGAGAACAACCCUCAAUUUAAAGAGGCACUGGAGCCCAACGCAUCUUAUGGGGAGCCCUAUCAACACAACACACCCCUGCACUACGCCUCACGCCAUGCCAUGACUCGCCUCAUCAGGUCUUUCCUUUUCUCCAAAGAUGGCAACCCCAACAAGUGCAACGUUCACAAUGAGACUGCGUUGCACCUGCUUUGCAUGGGCCCACAGAUCCUGCUGAGUGAGGGGGCGCUGCAGCCGCGGAUCAGCCGCCCCCAGGAGGAUGAACAGAAGCGGGCUGAGUGCCUCCAGAUGAUCCUGCAGUGGACCGGAGCCAAGCUAGACCAGGGCGUGUAUGAAAGAGCCAACGUCAAUGCCACCGACAACAAAAAGAGCACCUGCCUGCACUACGCAGCAGCGGCUGGCAUGAAGAACUGUGUCGAGUUGUUAGUGAAGAACAAUGCAGAUUUAUUCGUGGAGAACGAGGACAGGGAGACGCCGUGUGACUGUGCGGAGAAACGGCAUCACAAGGAACUGGCGCUCAGUCUGGAGUCUCAGAUGGUUUUCUCUCAGGAUGCCGGAGCUCAGGAGAUUGAAGCAGAGUAUGCCGCCCUUGACCGACGAGAGCCAUAUGAGGGAUUGAAACUGCAAGACCUGCGUCGGUUGAAAGACAUGUUGAUAGUGGAGACGGCGGAUAUGCUGCAGGCUCCUCUCUUCACGGCCGAGGCCCUGCUGCGAGCUCACGACUGGGACAGGGAAAAACUUCUAGAGGACUGGAUGUCUAAUGCAGAGGACUGCUGCCAGCGCUCAGGUGUUCAGAUGCCAACUCCCCCACCGAGUGGCUACAAUGCUUGGGACACUCUGCCUUCACCUAGAACUCCCAGAACAACUCGCUCCUCUGUCACCUCCCCUGAUGAGAUCAGCCUGUCACCUACUGAUGGCCUUGCCCUGUGUGGGAUUUGCAUGUGCACCAUAUCGGUGUUUGAGGACCCUGUGGAUAUGUCUUGUGGUCACGAAUUCUGCAGGGCAUGCUGGGAAGGGUUUUUGAAUCUGAAGAUCCAAGAAGGGGAAGCACAUAACAUCUUUUGCCCUGCUUAUGACUGCUUCCAGCUGGUUCCUGUGGAAGUCAUUGAAAGCGUUGUCUCCAGAGAGAUGGAUAAGCGCUACCUGCAGUUUGACAUUAAGGCUUUUGUGGAUAAUAAUCCUGCCAUUCGCUGGUGCCCCGUAGCCAGAUGUGAAAGAGCCGUACGACUGUCUAGGCCAGGCCCUGGAGCCUCUGACCCUCUGAGCUUCCCAUUGCUCAAAGCCCCUGCUGUAGACUGUGGCAAAGGCCAUCUCUUCUGCUGGGAGUGUCUUGGGGAUGCUCAUGAACCCUGUGACUGUGAGACAUGGAAGAUGUGGCUGGAGAAAGUGUCUGAAAUGAAGCCUGAAGAAUUGGCUGGUGUGAGUGAAGCCUAUGAAGAUGCUGCCAACUGCCUGUGGCUACUCAGCAACUCUAAACCUUGUGCCAACUGCAAAUCCCCCAUCCAGAAAAAUGAAGGCUGUAAUCACAUGCAGUGCGCGAAGUGCAAGUAUGAUUUCUGCUGGAUUUGUCUUGAGGAAUGGAAGAAACACAGCUCCUCUACUGGAGGAUACUAUCGCUGCACGCGCUACGAGGUCAUCCAACAGGUGGAGGAACAGUCCAAGGAGAUGACUGUGGAGGUAGAAAAAAAGCACAAGAGUUUUCAGGAACUUGACCGUUUUAUGCAUUAUUACACACGAUACAAGAAUCAUGAACACAGUUACCAGUUAGAAGAACGACUCCUGAAAACAGCCAAAGAAAAGAUGGAACAACUGAGCAAAGCUUUCAUUGGAAGGGAAGGAGCCCCACCUGACACCACCUUCAUUGAGGAUGGUGUGCAUGAACUUCUCAAGACCCGACGCAUCCUUAAGUGCUCUUAUCCGUAUAGUUUCUUCUUGGAGCCCAAAAGCACAAAGAAAGAAAUAUUUGAACUUAUGCAGACUGAUUUAGAGAUGGUCACCGAAGACCUUGCUCAGAAGGUGAACAGGCCUUACCUCCGCACCCCUCGCCAUAAGAUCAUCAGUGCCACGUAUCUGGUGCAGCAGAAGAGACGGGAGUUCUUGGCCUCUGUGGCUCGAGGUGUCGCUCCAAAUGAUUCUCCCGAGGCUCCCCGCCGCAGUUUUGCUGGUGGGACGUGGGACUGGGAGUAUCUGGGAUUUGCCUCUCCUGAGAUGGUGAGGAAUCACCCAGUACGGGGAUCAAAUGCACAGCGUGAGUGCAAUUACAAUCCAGGAGGCCAGCCGCAGGAAUACUCAGAGUUCCAGUACAGACGGAGACACAGGCAGCGGCGUAGAGGAGACCUACUCAGACUGCACAGCCUCCGCAGUAACACCCCUGAACCGCAUGACUCCAGUGACAACACUUCAGAAACACAUGAGGGAGGCAGUACACAAAGACAUGGGAUCUCCAUGGCACUUGGGUCUCUGGAUGAGGAUGACCCCAAUAUUUUGUUGGCUAUUCAGCUGUCCCUACAGGAGUCCGGGCUGGCCUUGGACCCUGAGCCUCAGGAUGUGCUAAGUAACGAUGCCUCUGUAGGUGCCAGUGGUUCCUCUCUGCCCUCUAGACUGGAUUCUGCCCCACAUACUGGGGAUCCCCCCCGAGCUUCCAUGAGCAGCUCUGAGCUUCUGGAGCUGGGAGACAGCCUUAUGAGACUGGGCAACAUUACCAGCCACUAUACACCCUUUAACAUGAGUUCCUACCCUGAUGCCUUGGGUAACGCCUUCACCCCUAGUGACCCAGACUGCCUGGACCCUUCCACCAAUGCCAACCUGCUUGGCAACAUUAUGGCCUGGUUCCAUGAUAUGAAUCCACAGAGCAUUGCACUGAUUCCCUCAGCCACCUCAGAUGCCAGUCCUGAGCCUCCCGUUUUUGGAGAGGGACAACCUGCCAAAUCCCAGGAUGAGGAGAAUGAGGUGGGGAGUCCUGAGCAGGGUUCCCUAUCGCUAAUGAAAGAGAGCGCAGGCAUGAUGGCAUCACAACUUUUGGAACUAGAAUGUGUUGAUGAUGCACAACCUCCUAAAGCAGAGCCAGACUUGGAGGGUAUGGGCAGCAGUGUAGAUCUCCCUAACGCAGUUCGUCCUGAGAGCAGUACUGAUCAGGAUCCGCAGGUAACUGACCUCUCCUUAGAGUGGGAGGAAGAAGUGCACCUCGUGUGAGGAAAAAGUCUAAUUAUUGUUUACCAACUGAGUGCUCUUAUUGUGCCAAAACACUAAAUAAAAUCAAAACUGCACGUUCGGAAAUGGAGAAGAGUGAACAAGGUGCAGUGGGGUUAGACGGGACUUGUCUUGGUUGUGUGUUGCACCACGUCUGGUGGAAGAAACAAGAAAAUGUGGUCAGAUUCAAGGUGAUGAGAGAAGAGUGGGUCUCAUUCACUAACCGUAUUUGUGUGUGUGUGUGUGUGAAUGUUUUUGAACAGAAAAUUCAUUAAUAUCUUAGCACUUGGAUUUUUUUUCUACAUUUAGCAUAAAAUUUAGAACCAACUAAAACUGCACACGUAUGUAAAAAUAAGUCCUGGUGGCCUUAGAAACUCGAAAUGGUUUAAGCCGAAAAGUUUUACAUGUAAUUGGACAUUUGAACAACUAAGAGAACCAAAAAUUUAGCAUUAAAAAAUUACAAGCAUUAGAUCUGGAAUCGGUUCUGCAUAAAAAUGUGUUAUUAUUUUGUAUUUUAAAAGCCAUUAAAUGGCUUGACAUGUUUAUGUAGAAUAAUCUGGAUUUAUUAACAUUAGAAAGACAGUAAGAUCAAAUUUAUGUGCAUACCUGUUGUGAGUAAUCGGUGGAAAUUUUGUGUAACAACCUUUUUUGUGCACAUAAGAACACGGUUAUGAGUGAAUGUUGUGAAGUAUUAAAGUCACAAUGAAAUGGAAGUAGCGACAGGUGUUUUCUUGCAUAUUGCGGUGUACAUCCGAAAGAAAAAAAAAAAAUUAGGUUGGGCCUUGGUUAUAUCCAUUGUUGUGUUGAUUGGAUGGAAGCAGAUCUGAAUAUGAGCUUGCAGUCGAUUGUAAGAAAUAGGCGAGGUUUAAGCGUGCUAAGUGAUUGGAGAAGUAAACAUACUUCAUCAUAGAGAAGUCUGUCAUUUUCAUUGGAAGAUCCAGUUAUGACAUCUCGAUUAAGAUUUACAAGGUGUUUGUUUCAAACCAAUCGAUGCCACUUUGGCCAUCUCUCAAAAUCUUGCUGUGGGUGGGUGCCAUGAGAGAAAGAUCCAUUUGUAUUAGAUUGGAAAUUCAUUCUUUUUUACAAGUUCAAAUGAACAGAAAUUAAAUGGAUGAAUUUUUGACUUGACGGUUGUAUUUUUCUGAAAAGAAAAAGGAAUGUUUAUGUUCAGAAGAAGAGACAUGAAAGCAUCAAUGCAAUGUUUCUUGGCUCUUACAGUUACUGUGAAAAAUUGUGAGAUCAGAAUUAAGAUAGGAACUUUUUGCCUUUUAUGAGUUCUUUGCCCUAUUUUGAUUUUUAGUUUUACAGCUCUCCUAUUUAGCCAUGCCAAUUUGUUGCUUUAUUUAAAAACACUAAUGUUCUUUUCAUUUAAUGUAAGUCACAUUUAAUGCAAGUGCAGAGUGCACAAUACACAUCUCAUGUUAUAAAUGAGUGUUUUGAAAUCUUCGAACUGUUACUGCUUGUUAAAAACUUUAAAAACAGAUUGUCCUGCAGAAGACCUUGUUUGCUUCCAAAAGGUUACACUUCAUGUAAAUUUACACUCCUGAAAAUAUUAUGACAUUUAUUACCUUAUCUAUUGUGACUACUACACAAUACCUCUGAUUAUCCUGUGUUGUGUAUUUCAUUUGGGCUCAUUGCUAACGCAUAUAUGCAUAAAGACACUUCACAGGUCUUCUGAAGCAAUAGAGAGAUUACAACAGUACUUUUCCUUAUUUCGUUUGUGUGCCGAACUCAGUCAUAUACAUAGAAAGUCAUUCUCAUAUACGGCAUAGGUGGCCAAACUGACGCAUCUGUUAAAGGGAUAGUUCACCCAAAAAUGAAAAUUCUGUCAUU